AACACACCGACUAACCAUUUACUGCAAAUUCAUUUUCGUAUUUCACUUUUUUUGGUUCUCUUAAAACACGUUGUUUAUAUUUUAAUCGCUGCAUAUUAAAAUUGUUUUGGUUUAUUUAUCUGUUUUUAUCCUUCAAAUGACCUUUUUGCGAUUAUUUUGUUAGCACUCUAACUAUGAUUUGCGUAUGACACUCGAGUUGGUGGUUCAUUAUAAACUGAAACUAUGUGGUCGCUGAAACUGCUGCAGCUGGCGACAGUCGCCGUAAUAUUUACAGUAUGUGAUGGCGCGCGUUUGUCAGCGCAGAUGCCUCCUACAACGACGACGAUGUCACUGACGCCAUCGAUGUCACCAGUGCCGCUCACCAUCCUGCAGGAACAACCAACGCAGCCGGUUCCUCCCGUCUGUGCGGACGCUAUUGAUGUCAACAACCCGUUAGGAAGGCUACGUAGCGCUAUGAGAAACUCCGCUUAUACCCAAAUGAACGCGUUCUUUGAUGCUUUUCUUAUAUUCUUUACUGAUGAGCAUUUGAGCGAGGAGCCUCACAAAUCGGAACGACGAUUAGAAUACGUCAGUGGGUGGGACGGGUCCGGAACCGGUGCCGUAUUGGCAGACGGCGGCGCUGCCAUAUGGGUGCCGUCUGGCGACGUACGGCGCGCAAGGGCCACGCUUACUUGCGCAUGGCUUGUCAUCGAUGGUGACGAUCCUAGUCAGCCAACUAUAGCCGAAUGGAUUUCUGAGCGGUUAUCUCGCAGUGGUCGUGUGGGGGGUGACGCUCGCCUGACGUCGAUGGGCGAGUGGCAAGUUUUGUCCACAGCCCUACAGCGUGAGGGGCUGCAACUAGUACAUAUUCCAACACUGGUUGACCAGCUUUGGAACGAAGAGCCUGACCCAGACCGCACUCGACCCGACUUCCCCAAAACUGUCGCCAAAAAUUAUGAAAUAGAGCACGCUGGCGUCAGUUGGCGCGACAAAGUGGCCCUGGUUCGAAGUGAGCUGCACGCAGUGGGAGCCGAUGCCAUGAUCGUGACGGCUCUAGAUGAAGUAGCUUGGUUAUUAAACGUGCGAGGAAGGGACCUGCCUUUUGCUAGAUUGCUGAAAGCCUUCGUGUAUAUCACCCUGCGCGAAGUCAAGGUGUUCGUGCCACCAGGAAAACUGUCCGUACAUGUACGGGACGCGCUCCUGUAUAACUGUUUUGCCAACAACUGCACCAAGGUAAAUGAGUAUACCAGCAUAUACUCAGAACUGCGGCGGGUACCAGAUUCCAAGAUCCUGAUUCCUGCAGCGGGUACUUUCCAGCGCGGUGCGUCUGCUGCUAUAGCGCAGAGCGUUCCACCUGCCAAGCGAAUGUUCCUGCUCUCCCCUAUCAUAUACCUCAAGGCUCAGAAGAACGAGGCAGAAGUAAAGGGAAUGAAAAAAGCUCACUUGUGGGAUGCAGUUGCCAUGUGCACUUUAUUUAGCUAUCUUGAGAGUAAAUCAGCACUAAGUGAAAUAUCAGUGGAGCGCACGGUGGACAUAACCCGAGAUACGCAGGCUGGGUACAUUGGACCUGCUAUGAAAACACGCGUGGCUUUCGGUAUAAACGCCGCGGAUCCCGAUUACCGAGCGACGAACGCCUCCAACAAACUUAUCACCAAGAAUGCCACGCUGGUUAUACAGUCCGGUGGACAGUACGAUGAGGGGACAACAAUAGUGACUCGUACAGUGCACUAUGGGAUGCCAACACGCGAAGAAAGACGGGUAUAUACCACGGUGAUGCGAUCCUUAGCAGCGUUAGCAGGGUUACGCAUCCCGUCCACCUUGCCCGCGGCGCACGUCGACCCUGUAGCUCGAGCUCCACUUUGGGCUGCUAAACAGGAUUAUCCUCAUCUUACUGGACACGGAGUAGGCGCUGCCCUGUGUCGCAAAGAAGAUCCAGUAGUUAUUGACUACAGACAAGACACAAAUCUUCAUACACUGAGGGAAGGGUAUUUUAUUACAGCCGAACCAGGAUGGUAUGAAAUUGGCAAAUAUGGAGUGCGUUUAGGAAAUGUUCUGGAAGUGGUGUUGAGGCCGAACGGCUACUUAGGAUUCCACGAGGCCACUCUCUUGCCGUACGAGCCAAAGUUAAUAGACAGGAGUAUGCUUACUGAGUACGAGAUUUUAUGGUUGAAUGACUACAAUGAUAGGAUAAGAAGAGAAGUAGGACCGGAACUGAAGUCCCGGGGCCUCACCGAUGUCUUAUACUGGAUGAUGAACAAGACUGUCCCCAUCGAGCUGCCCUCUAAAGCCAAGAAACUAGUCAGUAGCUCUACUGAGAAUAGUGCAACAAUCUCUGUACUACUAUUAUCUUUCGUGUUACUUUAUUUUGUGUAAUAAAAUAAUUAUCUUUAUACGAGCUGGAUAUAAUCAUGUAACUAUGUAACCUUUAAUACUAAUUACGUAUCCAGAUAAUUUUAUCUAAUCUUCUAAAAUUUUCAUCUUAUAUCAAUGUUUGUACUUUAAUACUUAGGAUAUUUUAGAAAAUUGUUAUAAUACUUAGAGGAAACAGCUGAUGCUGAUAGAUAGCAAUUUAUAGUCAUAUUUUAAAAUUAUUAAGUUGUUAUAUUUAUAGUGCCUUUGUGUGUACGAAAGUCAUAUCCGAGAUGGUGCCUACUUACGCAAUGUUAGCAAUGUUGGAAUUCUACGUGUUUGUAAUAUUUUAGUAUGCUUGGUUAUGUGGACACAGACGUCGACUCUGGGUACCUACAGCAUUUUCACCAAUUAUGCAUAGUAAUUAUACAAUAUUCAACAUUGGGGUAGCUAAGCAUUGAUAUUCUCCUAGUCCGCUUGGAUUUUUUUAAAUAGGUAUGUACCUGCAUAUGGCUUAUUGAAUCUAGAUGUUUAUUCUCUCUGUGUAGAACACCAGCAAAGACAUUUUUUUUAAAGAAAAUUGGGGGAGCGACCCUAGGCUGAAAUGGCUGCAACAUAUUUUGAUGAAAUGCUAAUAAUUUUCGAACAUAGAGUAGUUUUCAACUGGGGUUUGCCCUAAUAGGCUAGAAAAUCCAGCAAUACCUACUGCAAAUUCCAACUCUAACCAAAAUAGAUUUCUUUUUGUAAUCCCUCAUAUACAGCCAAUUUCCUUAACACAAACAUAUUUGUGUUCUUGCUACCGGCUGUCGACGUCCAUGUAGGUGUUUGUGAACUUAGAUAACUAUGUUGAUUCUGAGCAUUAACACAAAAUUAUAUUCAUGUAUUGUGAAGCCGGUGGAGAUUCCUGUGCCUUAGAAUUAGCGCGCACGAUAUACUAGUCCCACAAUGUAGUUAGUUUGAAUGAACAUUGUACAAAUUAUGUUUUAUUUCACUAAGUAGGUAGAUUAGCAGGUCCUUAGACAAUAGGGUGGAUGCCUAAUUUUUAUGUUAAUGUCGGUCUGGGAGAUUAUUUUAAAUCAUUAGAUACGUAUUUUUUAUUUUCUUAC